AAGGAGAAAACAGAUAAUGUCAUCAGAUACAGAACCAACCAAACCACACAUGGCGCUUUGUUCCUCACUCUCACUUUUCCCUCCAAUCACUUCUCAACCCAAACUUGCUUCCAAAUUCUUAUCAUCUUCAAUACCACCCAACUUGAAUGGCAUCUUAACCAAGAAUAUCAGCUCAACAAGGUUUUUGUUGAACGCUGGUUUCAAUGAGAUUGAGCCUGACCUCAAUGAAGAUCCCAGAGAUCAAUUUGCCACUAAUGGCGUUGCCCCUGAAGAUUUCGAGUAUGGAAUAUAUGAUGGCCACCACACUUUCUAUGAAGGAGAAGAACCGAAAGGAUCAUUUUGGGGUUUGAUUGCGGAAGAUAUAGCAGCAACAGAACCCCCCACAGGAUUCCAGGGGCUUAUUUCAUUGCUCUUCCCACCAGCCAUUGCUGCUGGGGUGUUCUUCCAUGUUCCGGGGGAGUACUUAUACAUUGGAGCAGGCAUAUUCACAAUUGUAUUUUGCAUUAUUGAGAUGGAUAAACCUGAUAAACCUCACCACUUUGAACCUCAGAUAUACAAUAUGGAAAGGGGAGCUCGAGACAAGUUGAUAAAUGAAUAUAAUACCAUGAGCAUAUGGGAUUUCAAUGAGAAAUAUGGGGACCUAUGGGAUUUUACUAUCAAGAAGGAUGCUAGUGACAUAAUGCAAAGAUAACUGUUUAAAGUUCAUGGCUUUUGAUGACAAAUUUUAUACGUAAUGAAUAUGAAUGCAACCCUUUUAAACUUGUUCUUUUGUUUUCAAUUUUUACUUUUCCCGUUUGUCUUUUUACGUUGGAUCAAGAAGUGUAUAUUAUAUUCCCUAUUUGUAUCUUCUUGUUUAUCAUUAAACAAACAGAAACCUAUGAAUGCUAUUUUAUACCAACAAGGGCUGUC